GUGGGCAGUGGUGACCGGUGCUUCUGAAGGCAUAGGAAGAGCAUAUGCAUUUGCGCUGGCUGAACAAGGAAUGAAUGUGGUUAUCAUGAGUAGAACCAAAGCAACACUGGACCAGGUAGCCAAGGAAAUAGGUGAUAAAACAGGACGGAGUGUGAAAGUGAUAGUAACAGACUUUGUAAAGGAAAAUGUCUUUGGUGAAAUUGAGGAUCAACUUAAGGAUCUCAGCAUCGGGGUUUUAGUCAAUAAUGUAGGCAUUCUGCCCAGCUUCAUCCCCUGCAAAUUCCUUGAGUGUGCAGAGCUGGAUCAGACAAUUACGAAGGUGUUAAACUGCAAUGUGAAAACUAUGGCCAAGAUGUGCAAAAUAAUUCUUCCAGGCAUGGAAAACAGGGGAAAAGGGGUGAUUCUGAAUAUUUCAUCUGGAAUUGCCUCUAUUCCAUUCCCUCUGUACACCCUGUAUGCUUCAUCUAAGGUGUUUGUGGAAAGAUUUUCUCGAGGUCUUCAAAUUGAAUAUGAAGAUAAAGGGAUUAUUAUACAGGCAGUGGCUCCAUUUGGGGUUUCCACUCGGAUGGCAGGUUACCAAAAAACCAAUUUAGUGACUCUGUCACCAGAGGACUUUGUAAAACAUUCCCUGCAGUACCUCAAAGCUGGAGACAAAACUUUUGGAAGUGUCCAUCACAUAAUUCUGGGCUGGUUACUGCAGUCCAUUCCUCUCAAGAUCCUCUUUGCAGAGUUUAUGCUUCACAGCCUGCAAGACUAUGUGAGGAAGAGAACAGCACAUCAUUCCAUCUCUGACUCAAAUGCAACUUCUGAAAUUAGUGGGGAUAAAUAAACGAUAAUCCCCCAGUGUAAGUAGGAUCAUAAUUAUGGAACUGGUGUUGACAAAUCUGUGUUUUCUGUUUCUCACUUAAACAUGGUGAUGAGUGGUGCAACUUGUGAAAAUACUCUUAUUAGGUGCUGUAGUAUGCAAUAGUACUUUCUGUUUGUAACAUUGUGGGUAAACCACCCUUGGAAAUGAUUUUUUAAUUUUUUUUUUUUUUUUUGGAUAUGUUUAGAGGGAUUUAUACCUCUGUUUGUGAACUUUAAAUGUAUUGCCAUUCAGGGACAUCAUGUCUCCAAAGGGACACGGUUUGACUGCUCUGUUGCAGUGAUGUGCAAGUUUCCCCUUAUUUACUUGUCUAAUUGUUGACUUACUAUUGUUGACCCAUCUGCUCCAUCUUAUUGUAUGAGUUGCCAUUAAUAGAUCUGUUAAUCUGUUGCCUACUUUCCCAUGUGUAGGUAUGUGUAUUUCAUAUGUAUAACAAGUUUUUUUUCUGAUAGACAAAACUCAUGAAGCAGAAGCCAUUUCAUUCACCAACCACACCUACAUCAGAUUAAAUAAAACCCCUCAAACCAUUAUUUCUAUGAAACCACACAGCUGGCACUCUGUGCACAUCUUUAGACAGGCAUGUAAAUGCAACAAACUAGUUAAUGUGGCUAAUCAUUGAUGCUGACAGGUUUGUUUGUGUGUGUGUGUGUGUGUGUGUGUGUGUGUGUGUGUGUGUGUGUCCAGUUCCCCAUAGUCAUAAAUUUUCUACAGGAGCAUGAGUGAUAAUGAGUCUGGCGCCUUAUCUGUUGAGCUGAAGAACUGUCCCGCUCUGUUAUUCACCCACACAUACAUCAUGCUGAAAGAUACACACACACACACACACACACGCACACACAUACACACACGCACCUGUAACUGUCAUUAGCAUCCUCCAUUCCCCUCUGAGAUGGAGGAAACAUUUGAUCAGAUGAGUACACCACCAGACGACUUAGCUGUGGUGUCAGUCACUGUUCUGAUCCCCACAAAACCAGUCGGGGGCGGAAGAGAAUGGAUGAGCUUCUACCUGGUUCCUGAGAAAUGAGAAUACACGGGAGACCUGGGCUUGAUAGCCUGCUGCUUACAGGAUGAUGUACAAUGUUUAAAGCAUGCACAAACGUUCCCUCAUCUGUGCAUGCACAUUCUUAGAAGCAGACACGCACAGCCAUUUGAAUUAGUAUGUGCUACCGAGAUGUCUGACCUAAAAGAGUCACUAAUCACGGGUUGACUGGGCUGUUUAGACAUCUGUGAUGAAUGAUCCUCCCCAUGAGAGAUAGUGCAGGGAAUAGGGAAAGUGACUUGAGAAAGAGAGAGAGAAGGGAGGUCAGAGUGACCCUGAGCUCAGAUGAUCCACGCCUGGUGUGACUGUUUAAAAAGGCAAAUCUUCACAUGAGAAUAAAAGUCUUUAUUUUAUCUCAUCUGAUGAUUAUUGAUUAUUGUGACAACAAAAAUAUGUCUAUAUUAACACAAUAGGUUGGCAAGUGAUAAAAUUCAAUUAAUAGUUCAUAGUAUGUAAUGGAAAAGGCAAUCACUUGUGCUUUUUGCAUUAUGGAAUUCUGAUGUUUAAAAUUGGGCAGCAUAAAUAGGAUAUGUUUGUCUUUGCAUACUUCAAAGUUACUCUGUUGUAUUUUAUUUUAUUUUAUGUCUCAUGGUAUGGAUAAUUACAUGUACAGUAAAUUUCUGGAUGUAUUUUGUAUGUAUUUUUAAAAUUGAUGAAUGUUUAUCUGUAAUUGUUUCUUCCAUGAACUUCCAUUAUUGUCAUCUUUCAGUUGCUUUAAAGUUAUUUAAAAAAAAAAUCAUCUUAUUCUGGGGUGGCCCAACCGUUAAGUUGGUAGGGGAUUUAUGACAUGGGCCUAAAUGCCCUGAGCAGCAAGUCCCUGGUAUAACUCCUGGCUGGCUGGACCAUCUGCUGCAUGUCAUUCCCCUAUUCUCUUUCCCCCCCGUUUCCUGUCUGUCUUCACUGUCCCUGUCAAAUAAAGGCAGAAUCUGUCUAA